GGUCAUUUUUUAUUCAUAAAAGGAAAAGAAAUAACUUCUCAUUUUCUUUUACAACAUUGAUUCCAUCUCUAAUUUUUUCUAGUCUUCAUUCAACCACCUGUCUAAAAGAAAAGUAAAUUCUCAAAAUAUAUUUAAAACUUUCCUCAUUUUUCUUUCUCCCGCAACGUGUAUUUGGUCACAACAUCGAAGCCGCAGAACUGUUAUAUAUAGUGCGAUAUUUUGGAAUUCUAUUUGCCUCUCAUUACAAUCAAACAAAUCCCCCCAUACACUCAAUUCACCUGGUCGCAAUUGGCAACAAAAAUGGCAGCUGAAAAUGGCAGCACCGGCUACUCUAGAUCCAAAAUUGCACUGAUCACUGGCAUCACAGGCCAAGAUGGUUCCUAUCUCACUGAAUUCCUUAUUAGCAAAAACUAUGAAGUCCAUGGCCUUAUUCGUAGAUCCUCUAGUUUCAAUACCCAACGCAUCAAUCACAUAUAUAUCGAUCCUCAUAACACCUACAGAGCCCGAAUGAAGCUCCAUUACGCUGAUCUCUCUGACGCUAGUUCUCUCCGCCGAUGGCUCGACAUUAUCCUCCCCGACGAGAUUUACAACCUGGCUGCUCAAUCUCAUGUUGCCGUCUCUUUUGAGAUCCCUGAUUACACCGCUGACGUGGUGGCUACCGGCGCCCUUCGCCUCCUAGAGGCGAUUCGUUCUCACAUCUCCGCUACCGGAAGGUCUCACGUCAAGUAUUACCAAGCCGGAUCAUCGGAGAUGUUCGGAUCUACGCCGCCGCCGCAAUCGGAAUCUACUCCGUUUCACCCGAGAUCUCCUUACGCCGUUUCCAAAUGCUCGGCGCAUUGGUACACAGUGAAUUACCGCGAAGCGUACGGGAUAUUCGCUUGCAACGGGAUUCUCUUCAACCACGAGUCUCCUCGUCGGGGUGAGAAUUUCGUGACGAGGAAGAUAACGCGGGCAGUAGGGAGGAUAAAAAUCGGGUUACAGAGCAAGGUGUUUUUGGGGAAUUUACAGGCGUCGAGAGACUGGGGCUUUGCCGGAGACUAUGUAGAAGCAAUGUGGAUGAUGCUGCAGCAAGAGAAACCAGACGACUACGUUGUGGCAACGGAGGAUUCACAUACUGUGGAGGAAUUUUUAGAAGUAGCAUUUGGAUACGUUGGAUUGAACUGGAAGGAACAUGUGGAGAUUGACAAGAGGUAUUUCAGGCCAACGGAAGUUGAUAAUCUGAAGGGAGAUGCAAGCAAAGCGAAGAAAGUGUUGGGAUGGAAACCAAAAGUGGGAUUUGAGAAACUGGUGAAGAUGAUGGUGGAUGAAGAUGUAGAGUUGGCUAAAAGAGAGAAAGUUCUUGUUGAUGCUGGAUAUAUUGAUGCCCAACAGCAGCCUUGAUCACAUGUUAUGCUUUUUAUCAAAAUCUUCCACAGAAGAGGACAUUUUGGUUUUGUGUGUUGUAGUGCUAACUAUAUUUAUUUUGAUUCUUUAAUUUUAUCUUAUUGUAUUUUUAAAAAAAUCUAUUGUCAGGCAAUAUGAAAAGUCUAAUUUAUGU